AAAGACAAGUACGAUGGAAUUUUACAGAAAAAAAAUUAUAAACGUUUCUGCCAACGUAAUUAUGUAGUAUUUUUUUUAGGUGAAACGUGGAAUUUUCAAGGAUCAUAGUACUAUCGAUUGCUACAUUCUGAUUCUGAUACAAUGGGAUUAAAACUAUCAGCACUACGUAAGAAACACGAAAGUAAAAUACAGGGCUAUUCUACUUUUUGUUUUCAAAAUGACAAAUUUGGGAAUUAUAUAAAAGGUGAUCAUGAAACAGAAGGUGGAGAAGCUGAUCUACAUAAAUAUCUUGUUAGCUGCAAGAAGAAUUCAGGUCAUAGACAGUUUAUACCUGUUGAUACAUUCACCUUGAAACAUUUACCUGAAGGUCACCAUGACAAAGAUUUGUAUGAGCUCAUCAAAGCUAUAGCUGACCUGACAGUUAGAAUAGAUGUUAAAAUUAUUAGUCCACACAGAGCACACUUUUGGCCUAAGACAGCUCGACCAUAUCCAUUUUCUAAAAUGAGUGACAAACGAAUUUUUAGGACAGGAAGUGGAAGAGUUUGGCAUGUAAAUAAGUUUCAAGAUGGAAUCAAACUAAACGGAAAUAUUGAUAGUGAAUUUCAAAUGUGUUCGUGUAGAAAAUGUCAAGAUUCAGACACACCCAACAAUGUGUGGUGGGAGUUCGGUGUGGAUACAGCUACACAUGUCGUAUUUGAUAACACUGAAGCCAACCAGACGACACUAAGAUUGUUUUUUGACAGAGAUAACAGCCCAGUGGCUAAUAUUGAUAAAGUCAGUGUGUACCAUGUAAACAUUGAGUAUGACAUGUGUAAGUUGAAAUGCGUGACAUGUGACGCAAAUUUAGGAAAUAAACUGAUGGAAAUGUGGAGACAAUAUUUUAAUAUUUGGGAGAAAGUUUUUGAUAAAUAUUGUGACUCUAGAUCUAAACAUAAGUUAAACUUUAUAGUGUCACAUCCUCACGAAUGCUGUAAACAGGUCAGUGUAGGUCAAUGGAACAAAAAACACAAGGUGGAUGAUAAAACUAAGUUUACUUAUACAACUUGCACAUGUCCAGGAAGUAGUGGAGCACAUGUCUACUGUGUGGGAUAUAAUGAGGGAAUGUGGUGGAUGUAUGAUCUUGUCCACAGUGGAAGUUUAAAAUCUGGAAUAAAUUAUAGUGGAACAGGAUAUGUCUACUAA